CCGUAAGCCGGUCUCCCCGCAGCUGUCACGGCCGAUGGCGGGACUGCAGGGCGGCCUGUGGCCCGCAGCUUCUCUCCCUCAGGCAUGUCAUGUGGGCAAAUGCCCGGCUCCGCUCCCUCGGUUCCUUUCCCAGUGUCAGGGGCCACCCACCCGGCCGUGGCGCCUCUAGCUUCGGCGUCUGUGUCGCAGUUCUCUAGCCCGCGACCCUGCGCCGUGGCCUGGGGGUCCAGGUGAGAGGACAGGUGCGUGUUGCCCAGCUCUUUUGUUCUAAGCCCACCUCCUCUCCCUGGAGCCCGAGGGAACGCUCCACAUGAUGCUGGGAACGCGGCCUGGGCCUCGAGCCUCGCCGCUGGAGGAGAGGCAGAGCCCGCACCUGCCCUGGUGGGCGUAGAGGCGGCAGGAAGAUGGGACGAACAGAGCAUCAUGGCCCACAAAAAAUUAUCUCGAGGGUCACAUGUGGCCCACAGGCCGCCAGUUUGACACCCCUGACCUACAGUGAUGGAAAUGGUGACCCUUAGAGAGGAGGCUUUCUGUUUACAGACGUGUUCUGUGGGCACACAGGUGUACACGAGGAGUUCAUCAAGAUUCUGAUACAGGAACUGGUGACAAGAAGGUGACUCGGGAGCCUGAAUUUCUGAGGAUGGAAAUCCGCAUAAGACAAUGUCAGAAACACUCACAGUGAUGGAGCCCCCUGCUCCUGAGUCUGGGGGGGCUCCUGAACCCAGAUUGGGGGGGCUGUUGGGAAACGUGGAAGGGGAGAGCCUGCGGAGUUCCCUGUCUCUGGAGGGAGGUUUCAAGCAGGUGAGAGUUACCCACUGGAAGAUCCAAACAGAAGAGGCAGCCGAGGUGGGUAGUGAAUCAGAAGGAAGUCCAGUUCUGAGCUCAAACCUUCUCAUACUUCAGAGAGAACUUACAGAAGGGGAAGCCCACCCAUGUGAGACUUGUGGAAAAAGCUUCCCAUUUAAUUCAGACCUAGUCAGUCAUCAGAUUUCUCACACUGGGGAGAAACCUUACAAAUGUGAUCAGUGUGGGAAGGGCUUCAGCCAGAGCUCCCACCUUGCUGGGCACCAAAGAGUUCACACUGGAGAAAGACUCUAUGUGUGUAAUGCGUGUGGGAAAGACUUCAUUCACUAUGCAGAGCUCAUUGAGCAUCAGAGAGCACAUGCAGGAGAAAAGCCAUUCAAGUGUGCUCAGUGCGGGAAAGCGUUCUGUCACAGCUCCGAUCUGAUUCGACACCAGCGGGUUCAUACCCGGGAGAGACCUUUUGAAUGCAAAGAAUGUGGGAAAGGCUUCAGCCAGAGUUCCUUACUCAUUCGACACCAGAGAAUUCACACGGGAGAAAGACCCUACGAAUGUAAUGAAUGCGGGAAAUCCUUCAUUAGGAGCUCAAGCCUUAUUCGACAUUAUCAGAUCCACACGGAAGUGAAACAGUAUGAAUGUAAGGAAUGUGGGAAGGCCUUCCGACAUCGCUCAGACCUCAUUGAACACCAGAGAAUUCACACUGGAGAGAGGCCCUUCGAAUGUAACGAGUGUGGGAAAGCCUUUAUUCGGAGCUCGAAGCUUAUCCAGCAUCAGAGGAUCCACACUGGAGAAAGGCCUUAUGUUUGCAACGAGUGCGGGAAGCGCUUCAGCCAGACAUCAAACUUCACUCAGCAUCAGAGAAUUCACACUGGGGAGAAACUCUACGAAUGUAACGAAUGUGGGAAAGCUUUCUUUCUGAGUUCAUACCUUAUUCGACACCAGAAAAUUCACACUGGAGAGAGGGUAUAUGAAUGUAAGGAAUGUGGGAAAGCUUUUCUCCAGAAAGCCCAUCUCACUGAACAUCAGAAAAUCCACACUGGGGACAGGCCCUUUGAAUGUAAGGACUGUGGGAAAGCUUUCAUUCAGAGUUCCAAGCUGCUUCUACACCAGAUCAUUCAUACUGGAGAAAAGCCCUAUGUGUGUAGUUAUUGUGGGAAAGGCUUUAUUCAGAGGUCAAACUUCCUUCAACACCAGAAAAUUCAUACUGAAGAGAAACUCUAUGAAUGUAGUCAGUAUGGGAAAGACUUCAGCUCGACCCCAAACUUUAAAAAUAACCAAGGUGCUCACCAAGAGGGACUUCCCUUGAGUAAGACCCCCGUACAUCUGGGUGAGAAGUCUGUAGGACAGGGGGCACAUACAGGUAACUUAUAAACUAAUGAUUCUGCAGCUCAGUGAGUGAUAUUUGGAAGUGUGUCAUGAGCCCUCAUUCGUGUGACUUUGGAUGUGUCUGCAUUUGCCAAAGUCAUGGAUGGGGCUGUGUUAGGAGUGCUUUGCAGCGGUGCUGGACUGCUGUCCCCUUCCUCAGCUAGGAACACAUGUCCUCAGGAGAGCCACGGGACUGGACAACUGAUUCUGAGCUGGAUCAAUUUGGGAGGAGGAGCUAGUGCUCCAGGUUUCUAUAUUUUAUUGCACAAUUACAGUUCACCCCUGACUUAAAUCCCUUUUAAAGGAGAACUGUGUAUUCAAUCUUACUACUUAAAAGAGUAUUGUGUAGCAAAUUUUGGUCUGUCAGAAAGGCAAGUUGGAGAAAGAAACUUUCUUAUCUAAAACCAUAUUUGGUUCCUGGUGGUCCUCAGGAUGCAUUCUAAGUCCCUCUCCUGCGUCCUAGGCCUUUUGCUUCCCGGAGCCUCGUCUCCCAUCGCUUAACUCCCUCCACAAACCUGGCCCUGCAGCAGCGCUGACUGAUGCUCCCACAUAUCCAACUGUCCCCCCUGGCCUUUGUCCUUGUUUGAAUGCUCUCUGCUCACCUGCUUAACUCUUCAUCAUGAGUCAAGAUGCAUGUCGGGUAUGUCAGGCUGAGCCUCUCCGUGUACUUCUGUCACUCAGUUCUCACCUCUACUACUGACUUAACUUUGAUUAUCAGAGUUACGUUUUUAUAUACUUUCUCUUUCAUUAUUACACUGUUAAUUCCUUAAGGACAGUGAUCAUAUCUGAUUGCUUUAUGUGUCUCUGGCAUCUAGUGCAAGACAAUAAAAAGCACCCCCGAAUCUGUGUGUAA